AAACAUAGGACCAAGGUUCUUCCUCUUUCGUGGAAUAUUUCGGCGCACAUAGAGAUAGAUCAGCGUCAGCAGCUCUCCCUCCCUUUCGUUCUACAUUUUUUUUUUUUUUUUCUUUCCCUUCUUCAAUUCCUCCCAAUUCCUCCCAAUUUCUCCCCGUACAAAGUCGGCCAGUGGUAACUCGGCCGUUCUUGAAACGCGUCGUACAGUGUCCACUUUGGUAGAGAAGCGGACAGUGGACGGUUGGUAGAUCGUACGAGCCAUAUGUUCGCAAUUACCACCGCCAAUCGGGGAUUGAAAGCUGUGCAAAGCUUUGUCGAAGUUCCAGGUUCCGCUUCGUUCCCUCGCGUGCGUACGUAAACGGGUGAGAGCGCGCGCGCGCGCAUUACUGCUCAACGGUGGUUCAGUUGGAUAUCGACGUUCAUAUGUACGGGGCGCGUUGCUAGAGUUCUCUUCGACCCAAGGUAGUUCAGGCUCGACACCACACGGAAAGAAAGAAUUCGCGCGGGCUCGCCUUACGAAGCCCCUCGUCUCGCCGAUCAGUCGUAUCUGAAACGUAAAAUAAAAAAAGAAAAGAAAAGAAAAGAAAAGAAAAGAAAUCAAACAGAAGUCUGUUGGUAGAGGAGAAAAAAAUAGCCGAGUUCGAGCGAGGUGGGAGGCCAGGGAAUCGAACUACAUGGCUCCGAAAAUUAUUCGUUCCUUCCACCGUCCACGGGUCUGUUAUCCAAGUUCCAGCGAGCAUCGCAUCCAUCAGCGGACUACCACCGGAUCGAAAUAAAUUCGACGGGUUAUCCUAUCGUGAACAUCGAACACCAAACGAACAGGAUACUGCUACGAUGCUGUUGUCGUUUCGAUCAGCUUUUUCCAUCGUUUGAGAACGAGUCGUUCGAAGCUUAUAUGUCAGACGCAAUCGAGAGGAACGUUACGAUCAACGGUAGACGAAAGAGGAGAAAACAGAGGGAGAAGAGGCGAUCAGUGGACAGGGUGAACGAAAAUACAAGGGCAUGUUACGGGAAAAUAAUCGUGUCAGCAACGUGAAACGUGAGCUUCCCUCGAUUCCUUCGAAUUGCUAAGUGAUCUCCCUUGUGCCUGGACCGUGGUCGCGAUCAACCACGAAAUUUCGAUGCGCCGAUUCCGCACGAAAAGCGACCUAAUGUUCACGGCUGUACGAGCUGGAUCUCUUUCAACGCUGGUCGUACCACUGUCCUUCUUCGAUCAUCCUUUCGAUUCCUCUGACUCGCAUCAUCGUUCUCAUUUACCGUUUUCCAAUCGACGAUUCCGUUAGUUGAUAUCGAAUCGUUGAAAUUUACAUUGUCCCAUGUACGACGAUAGCGUGUCGUGCUCUCGAACCACGCCGUAUCGAUUAUACCGUUCGCACGAGGCAAACAUUUGAAUCGCGCUAACUUUCUAUCCUGGCCAAUGGAACGGACAAAUUCGUAAGAUUCUUCUUUCGGCUAUUCAAUUGGAACGAUUACCCUCGUGCGAUUACAAACGAUCCCUAAACCUGAUCGAUGCUGAAGAACAAUAAGACUUUCAAGCAUACGAGACCGAAUAACGUGAACAGGGAGGAGAAGAAGAAGAAGAAGAAUACCUUGCCGAGCUCUCUCCCUUCUGCUGUUCGCAGAAAACAGCUUGGGUCCGCGUGGGAGCCUGUUCGGCGAAUAGGCGGCUUCUUCGUACCAGGCAUGCCUUCCUCGUUACCCUAAGCAAUUUUUUUUCUACUCCAAGUAAAGGUAUUCAAAAAAGGAGAAGAGAAGAGAAGAGUAUUCUUAUAAUUAACCGUAAAACGAUCGAGAUCGUUUGUCGGGCCUUUCGUUGAACUGCCGUAGCCGUUCUCAUUCUUAUCCCUCGUCUUCGUCGACGCGAUUGUUGUUAUUGUUACUGUUGUUGCACUCGACAGCGGUCUUGUCGCUGCUGUCGCUGUUUUUUCCACUUGCCAGUGGUCCGCUUGGAUCGCGGUGAUUUCAAAUUCACUCGACGUUCAUCCAUCGAAUCGUAUUUAGCCAAAGUACACUGCAAAAGAACGAAAUAAAGAAACAGAGAGGGGAAAGGAGGAGUUUCAGUUUGAACGCGAGGGGAUAGAAAAAAGAUAGAGAAGAAGGUAAACGAGAAGGGAACGUGUCGAAAGGAAAAACGAUCCUGCUGAAGUGGCUGUUUGUCUUUGAAACAAGAGAUUCUGAAACGAAGCAUGGUAGUCAAGAACGAGAACACGAGAAAUGGGCAUGAGCUGGCUCCGUUGAACGAGGAACGUCAGGCUGGCCAGAACGUGACGAUCGUUGUUACCGGAAGUCAAAAUGCUGCUGCCAGUCAAGAGACCAAAGAGGACAACAGAGCAGCAUGGAGCGGCAAAAUGCAAUUUUUCCUCAGUAUUAUCGGCUACAGCGUGGGACUCGGGAAUAUAUGGAGAUUCCCUUACCUGUGCCAACAAAACGGAGGAGGUGCCUUUCUCAUCCCCUUUUUCGUGAUGCUAAUCCUCGAGGGUGUACCCCUCUUUUUAAUCGAGCUGGGUAUCGGUCAACGUAUGCGACAGGGUGCCCUUGGCGUAUGGAAUACGAUACAUCCGUGGCUAGGAGGUAUAGGAAUAGCAUCUUGCAUCGUCACCUUCUUCGUAGCGCUUUACUACAAUGUCAUCAUUACCUGGUGCUUCUAUUACCUAUUCAAUUCGCUCGAGGCCGUCACGAUUAAAUUCGGCGAACCCUUACCAUGGGCAAAGUGUCCAGAAAUUAACGGGAAGCCGGUCGAGGAAUGCGCGAAGAGUUCCGGAACUGUCUAUUUUUGGUACAGAACCACGUUGGACGCAGCUUCGUCGAUCGAAAGUGGGCAAAGUCUGAAGUGGUGGAUCGUCCUUUGUUUGUUGUUGAGUUGGAUCGUCGUCUUCUUUAUCGUGAUGAAGGGAAUACAAUCAUCGGGAAAGGUGGUAUAUUUUACAUCCAUGUUCCCGUAUUUGGUGCUUACUAUCUUUUUUAUUCGUGGAAUAACGUUAAAAGGUGCCAGCGCUGGAUUGGCCCACAUGUACACGCCAAAGAUCGAGAAACUAUUAGAGCCGAUGGUCUGGCUCGACGCAGCUACCCAGGUUUUUUACAGUUUCGGACUAGCGUUCGGUUCCUUGAUCGCGUUCGGUUCGUACAACACCCCGGACAACAACUGCGUCCGGGACGUGAUCCUGGUUAGCGGAUGUAACGCCUUCACCGCUAUUUACGCGAGUGUCGUAAUAUUCGCCAUUCUAGGCUUUAAGGCGGUGACAAACGUCGAUAAGUGCCUCGCGAGUAACAAAGACUUACUUUUUCAACAUGGACUUAUACAGUACGAGAACAUCACCACGGAGGAAUAUGAAAAUGUUGUAAAUACAUUAAACGCGACUGCACUGAAUUUAACCAUUGAAACGUGCAGUCUUAGCAAGGAAUUGGAUAAUGCUGCCGAAGGGACAGGAUUAGCUUUCAUAGUAUUCACAGAGGCUAUAGUUGAGCUACCCGGUGCUCCUUUCUGGUCCUGCAUCUUCUUCCUGAUGCUUCUAGCACUUGGCCUGGGUUCCCAGAUCGGUAUACUAGAAGGAAUGUUAUGCGUGAUUUUCGACAUAGACUUGUUCAAGAGAAUAAAGAAGCAAUACAUGACUGGGGUGGUUUGUACAAUUUGUUUCUUCGUCGGUCUGAUUUUCUGCACCGGCGCCGGAGAGUACUGGCUGAAGAUGUUCGACAGUUUCGCUGGUACCAUUGGUCUCGUGGUGGUAGCUCUCAUGGAAAUGAUUUCCGUCAUCUUCGUGUACGGUCACGAGAAGUUCACAAAGGACAUCGAAGAAAUGACAGGAUACAGGCCAGGUGCUUACUGGCAAUUCACCUGGCGAUUCCUCGCCCCGAUAAUCAUGGUUUGCAUUCUAGUCUCUAGCAUAGCAUCCAUGUUUAUAAAAAAGCCUCAGUAUUCAGCGUGGGAUGCCGUUCGUGCUGAACCAGUAACCAUGAGCUAUCCAAACUGGGUCUUGGCUAUAGCAGCCGUCAUCAUUUUCGCGGGCGUCGCGCCAAUACCCAUUGUAUUUCUAUUGAGACGGUUCCAAUGUGUCAAAUUGGACGUAGACAUCCAUCAAGGAAGUAUACGACGUAUCGAUACCACAGUUUCCACCAAAGAGAUGAUGGGGGAUGUGGAUCUGGACGAAUAUCACGAUCGUUUGGAAGAUUUUCCAGAGGAGGACGAGGACAUAAAUAGCGACGACGAUAACAACAGCGCACCGCCCAUAACGAAGAUCGUCCCUAAUAAACUACGGGGUAAACCUUUUAAAAUGGAAGUAAUGGACUUUUAAAAGCGAGUCAUUAUCGAGUUAGAAGUAUCUUCUCGAGCCGUUUCUACGAGCAGCGGUGAAAAGUAUGAUCGAAGGAUGAUUUCGAAUUUCGUUUCUGCGGAGACGCGUAAAACGACACGAAUUACCGAUCCGUUGUGAACGUUGAAAUUAGAUGAUCGGUGCUUUUUAAAGCAAUAUUUUAUCUUCCGUCGAACAUGUGACACGGAACGUUAGACUUCGAAGCAAAUAAAAGCAUGAAAAAUUUAAAAAAACACAGGAAAAUACAAGCAAAAAAAAAAAAUAAACUCGGCGUUACAGAGUGUAUAUCACGAAGAGAGAUCGUUUCGUCGCGCCUCUGCUCGCUUCGCACCGGUUCGUUUGCUCGGUUUCGAUCGAGACGUAAAUCAUUUCGAACGGCCUGAACCUCAUAUUUUACUUCCUUUCGAAGAAUUUUCAUUCGGUAACGCUCAAACAUUCGUUUAAUACGAACCGAAUUGUAUACGCGAACUCCUAAAAUUAGAUUUCUUCUUUUUUUAUCGCUCCGUCGAAUCGAAGAAACGAAUCGUAUUUAACGUCAGUUUCCCUCCUUCGCGUUUUUAGAAAGAGUACCGUCUGUUUUGCGUAUAAUACCGUUCGAACGAGACGAUAAGUCUCGUCCGAUCUUCCGCCAACAUUCGAUGCGGAUUCGACUAGUCGUUUAGAAUCCGUCGAAACGUUUCCACGUGGAGGCUCGUCGGGAAGAAGAAAAUUUCGUUCGACUUCUGGACGGUGCCUACGUUCCUACUGCUUCCAAACCUCAGGGGUAAAAAAAAAAGAAAAGAAAAGAGAAAAGAAGAAACGUCAGGAGGUGUUGCAAAAAGUCACGGAGUCUAACUAGACGUUAGAAACCUACUCGGCUAAAAAAAGAGAAAUAGCGUCGUAACGAGUAGGAAAUAGAAAUAAUAUAGAGACGGUAUCUCUUGAAGAAUUUCGUAAUACUUCCGAUUCGUUAGUACCCUGAUUACUUAAGAAAAAAAGUAGACCGCGAAAAGUGUUCCAUCGAACAUGGAUCGUACUUAAAAAAUCACACGAACGAAAGAAGUUCAAGAUUCGAAUUGAACACGGAGACGUAUUACUUUACUAGCCGGAUACUGAGAGAAACUGUGGAAAUAUUUCUUGUUUUCGCACUUCUUUCGGUUGCGUUAUCGGCACGCCAAAAAUCAAACAUCCUGCAAACGCAAGAACGGCUAUCUUUCUGUCGAGCGGUGUCGAGCUUGACAAGGUCAGUACCUGGCUCGAGGACAUCGAUGGUGAUGAUAAUUAAACAUACAAAAAGAAGAGGUAAUUUUACGUAGAAUAGGAUACUUGCAUCUUACUAAAUUCAAUGAUCUUGAUGUAUGUUAUAAAGUCAAUCACUCGAGUCGUUCCGUGUGAUACAAUAGUGAUUUGACGAUAGCGAAGUGGAAUCCUAUAUUAACAAAUUACAAAAAUUCAAAUUGUAAUUCAUUAGAAAUUUAUCAAUGCACAUAAAAUUACGUUGAUUACGUAUAACAUAAAUCAAGAGCAUUGAACUCGACGAGGUGUAGCCUAUUCUGUGUAAUUACAUAAAAAGAAAUUAUUAUGUCGGCGAUGCUCGAAAUACUAUUAUAUUUUUGGCAGCGCGAAUGCUCAGAUUACUCGGAGGAACCGUAUCGCGUUUCAUUUUCCUCGUUUCUAUUUUCCAUUUUUUUUUUUUCUUCUCACUCUCCCUCUUGUUUCUCUCUUUACACAGGAGCAUGAUCGCUGCUGCGUUCGUAGACAUUAUAAAUAUAGAUCGUACAUAGGGUAUAUUGUAUACACAAGUAUCCAAGACGUUUAAAUAAAAGCUUAUUUAUUGCCGAGUA